GUAAAGAUUUAUCAAAUAUACCAGAUAUUGAGUCCUGUGAUGUCUUGGUCUAUUUUAUGCGUUGGUGUGGGUGGAACCAUGAGCGCCUUGCAAAUUACAAGCAGGAUAAUGGAUAUCGUCUGCAUAUGGCAUGUCAUAUUGAUGAUGUAAAGGCUGCCUACCACACCCACCCAGGAUAUCUAUAUUUGAAAUCAACAUGCAUGCCAGAGACGAGACAGAAUGCCCAACCAUAUGAAGUGUGGGUGCUGGUCAACAAGACGUCAGGAGAAGUUAUGUCUGGUGGAUGUACUUGUGUAGCAGAUAAUGGAACUUGCAAGCAUUGUGUUGCACUCCUGUUUUCUCUGUCCAGUUUUUGUGAAUGACACAGGGACAGGGGAACUCAAGUAGGUACAGACGUACAAUGUCAGUGGGAUAAGCCCAGAAAAAAGUGCAACCCCAAGAAGAUCAAGGAUAUUGACAUGAGGAUAGACCAGACAAGUCCGAUGCCAGCUGCCGCAACUUCUGUUGUGUAUGACCCAAGAGUGCCUGUACAAGAACCCCGGGGAAACCUUGAAAAGGAGUUCUAUGAACUUUGCAAAGGCACAGGGGCUCUGCUUCUGCAGACCCUUUAUGACAAAAGUUAUGAAAGUGAUGAUGAUUUCUCAUUACCUACAAUGACAGAAGUUUGUAAAGAUAUGAAGGGUCCAUUUGAUAUAAGUUCAGUUAAUGCAAAUUUGAGGAAAAUUUUUGAUGUUCAAACAAUUUCUCAUAUUGAAGAUGUAACUAAAGGGCAAUGUGAAAAUCAAGAAUGGUUUGAUCAUAGAGUUGGUAGAAUUACUGCUUCAAAUUUUGGAUCCAUUUUGUAUUUUAGAUUUACAGACAAGGAAGAAAAUUAUAUUUCAAAAUCAAUUAUGGGCAAAACUUCAAGGUCAUGUGUACCUUCACUGUCAUUUGGAAAAUUACAUGAACCUGUUGCUAGACAACUCUAUUUUGAUAAGUACAAAAAGGAACAUAAGCAAGCAGAGAUAAAGCUCUGUGGUUUAUUCAUAGAUUCCACCAAUCCAUAUCUGGGGGCUUCUCCAGAUGGUUUGAUUAGUUGCAAAUGUUGUGGUGAAGGUCUUUUAGAAAUUAUAUGUUCCUUUACUCAUCAACACAAAUUGCCUAAAGAAGCUUGCAUGGACAAUCACUAUCAUGUUACUCUUGAUGAAAAUGAAAAUGUACGACUAAAAAUUGACACUUCAUGGUAUAUUCAGAUUCAAGGGCAAAUGGGUGUAUGUCGCAAACAGUGGUGUGAUUUUGUAUUCUAUACAAAGAAAGGCUUUAUUGUUGAUCGCAUAUAUUACGAUGAACAGAUUUUCAAGACUAUUGUUGAAAAGUCACAACUGUUUUUUAUGCAGUACAUAUUCAAAGCACUCAAACAGUAAUGCAGAGUACUCCAUUAGCCCAUACAAGAAUUUUGAAUGCAGUAUAUAAUUUAUCAACACAAUAAUUUGUUUUCAAGUUCAAAAAACCUUUAAUAUUUGGAUCCUUGCUAUUUUUCAAACAGCUAAAAAAUGUAUUACUUGGUAAAGACAAUAAGAAACUUAAUGACUGCAUUUUAAUUCUGAUAUGGUAGUUCACCAAAAAUUAAAUUUGUUCUAUUAAAUCCUACUAUCUUUGAAGUGGCAGUGUAUAUUUGAAUACCAAGAUGAUUCCACAGAAAUAUGACCUUUAUACACUGUAAGAAAACAUGUUCUAUAGUUUCACUUUCAUAGUUACAAAAAUACUACAUAUCGUUAUCAAAUAUUAUUGUUUUUUCAAAUAACAUUUGACUGGGAUAAUUCUAUGUAAUAUUAUAUAGUGUACCAAUUGGACUCUGGAAUUACUAUAUACCUUAAAAAACUAAUUUUAAAAAUGUCAUAUACAUUCACUUCCUGAUAAUAGUAUGUUGUUUGAAGAAUUUUUACAAAGAUGAAUACCUUUUGACAUUUUUAUGUUCUUUUAACACCUUUUUCUUACCCAGAGUUAAUAAACAGACAUUGAGGUUAAAAAUAUUUGCUUUGUUGUCAAAUUGUUAUUGUGGGUUUUUUCUUCUCUAAAUUAUACAAGAUGUGAAAAGCGAAUGAAUAUUUUAGUACGAGUUUUAUUCAUAAAAAGGUUUUUAAAUUGUCAAAAUAAAUACACAAGAUGUUUGAACAGAAUUGAGAGUUUGAUUAUGUGUGUUCACUUUUUGAGGAGGGGCUUUUGAAGGUUACAAAGAAAGGCACAAACAACCAACAUUUGAUCAGCAAGAGGUUUGAUAUUUAGAGGCAUAACAUUCGACAACAUAUGAAAAGUUUUCAAUCUUCCAAUAGCCCUUUCAACAUGAAUACCGAAUCUAGCAAUAUUUUUCGUUUUCAAGAUCUCUGAAGGAGACAAAUGCUUUCCUUUACCCCAUGAGCAUUUCCUUGUAAAAGGGGGGAUAACCAACGUUGAUCUGCAUUUAAGUAAAAGGUCCCUAAUAACAAACCCCCUGUCAGCCAUAAUCUCAUCACCUGGUCGUAUGUUAUCAAGGAAACCACUCUCUUUCGGAAUAAAUCUAUCGGAAACAUUACCUCCCCACAUGUUCGACACAAAUGUGAACGCACCUGAAGGUGACAUCCCGACAAGUGCUUUAUAAGUAUUGUGGUGCUUAUAAGAGCUAUAUGUUUGAGACUGCGCAGUUGGAUUCCUUGGUUUUCUAAUAAAAAAUUCAGUACAAUCAAUAAUGCAAACAACAUUUGGAAACUUUGCACGAAAAGAUGCAGGCAUGAAUUUCUUAAUUACAUUCCUUGAAGCCAUUUCAAUAGAGGUGUGAAUAUGAUGUACAUGAAAUUAAUCCAGGUAGCAAAUACUUGUGAUACUCUGGAGCUAGACACGCCAAACAAAUCUGCAAUGACGAAUGUUGAUAGGGCCAGACGUAGUCGCACCAAGGUGAGUAGGAACUCAUGAAACCUUGUCAGCUUUCUUUUGGGUCCUGACUUUGGGUGUAGACUAUCACUCUGGUAAUUGGGCUUUGCUGCACUCCCUUGUCCUGA